AUGCAAAACACGCAUCAGCAGCCCUCAGAAGUCCCUCAAGCGGGGAAACGGACGUCUUCCAUAAGUUCGGAAGAUAUCAAGUUGGCCAUAGAAUCCUUCACGGCCGCCGGCAAUAAGACUCUCAAUGCAAGCUCGUUUACGACAGGGUUCGACGACUAUCUUAAGAAAGCUGCUGAACGCAACACUGGCAUCCCCAGUGGCUACAAACAAGACGCAAUUACUAAGGAGAUGAUGGCGAAAGCGUGGGCUGCCAGAUCCUAUCCAGGCAAGGCAGGACAAGGAAGCGACAGUCAGGGUAACUAG